AUGCAGACCAAGUUCGCCGCCCUCAUGGCCUUCGUGGCCGCAGCCCGCGCCCAGCAGGCCUGCUCGUCUCAGACCGAGACUCACCCCGCGCUGACCUGGCAGAAGUGUGCUGCGGGCGGCUCUUGCUCGAAUGUUGCCGGUUCCGUCGUUCUCGACUCCAACUGGCGCUGGACUCACAACGUCCAAGGCUCGACCAACUGCUACACAGGUAACUCCUGGAACACCACGGUGUGCGCUACAGGAGCCGCCUGCGCCCAGAACUGCUGUGUCGACGGCGCCGACUACCCAGGCACAUACGGUAUCACCACCAGCGGCUCUGAGCUCAACCUCAAGUUCGUUACCACUCACGCCUACGGCAAGAACAUUGGUAGCCGUGUCUACCUGAUGGAGAGCGACACCAAGUACCAGAUGUUCACCCUCCUCGGCAACGAGUUCACCUUCGAUGUUGACGUUUCCAACAUCGACUGCGGUCUGAACGGUGCUUUGUACUUCGUCUCCAUGGACGCCGAUGGAGGUCUUUCCAAGUUCUCUUCCAACAAGGCUGGUGCUAAGUACGGCACUGGUUACUGCGACUCGCAGUGCCCCCGUGACGUCAAGUUCAUCGACGGUGUUGCCAACGUUGUAGGCUGGAACCCGUCCAGCAACGACGCCAACGGCGGUGUCGGUUCUCUUGGUGCCUGCUGCGCUGAAAUGGACAUCUGGGAGGCCAACAAGAUCUCCACGGCCUACACUCCCCACCCUUGCCAGAACAACGCCUACCACUCUUGCACCGGUGACGCUUGCGGUGGAACUUACAGCUCUACCCGCUACGCUGGUGACUGCGACCCCGAUGGAUGCGACUUCAACUCCUACCGCCAGGGCAACAAGAGCUUCUACGGGCCCGGUGCCUCCAACACCAUCGACACCACCAAGAAGCUCACCGUCGUCACCCAGUUCAUCAAGGGCUCCGAUGGCGUCCUCUCCGAGAUCAAGCGCUUCUACGUCCAGGACGGCAAGGUCGUCCCCAACUCUGAGUCCGUCAUCUCCGGCAACCCCGGCAACUCGCUCACCCCGGCCUUCUGCAAGGCCCAGAAGACUGCCUUCGGCGACACCGAUGUCUUCAACCAGCGCGGCGGAUUCGCCCAGAUGUCCCAGGCCGUCGCCGCCCCCAUGGUUCUCGUCCUCUCCCUGUGGGAUGACCACUACGCCAACAUGCUUUGGCUGGACUCGACAUACCCCGUCAACAAGGCCGGCACCCCGGGCGCCGAGCGCGGAACCUGCCCCACCAACUCAGGUGUCCCCUCGGACCUCGAGACCAACGUCCCCAACAGCAACGUCAAGUUCUCCAACAUCAAGUUCGGCCCCAUCAACUCCACCUUCAACAACAGCAACCCUCCCACCUCCAGCUCCGCCACCAUCAGGACCUCCACCACCACCUCCGCCCGCACCAGCUCCACCGCCAACCCCGGCACCGGCACCGGCGCCAAGCAGUACGAGCAGUGCGGCGGCCAGGGCUGGAGCGGCCCGACGAGCUGUGUCUCGCCGUACACCUGCACCAAGGUCAACGACUGGUACUCCCAGUGCUUGUAA